UGGCAACAGAGGAGCAGCAGCCAACCGCCGAGCCUGUCCUACACGCUCACACACACAUACCCCCAGUCUCUACUCACUUCUUCCUCAGUGUAGCCGGAAUGCACCGAGGAGGAAUCACUGUUAACGGCUGCCGCUGACAAAUUUCUGUAUCAAGGUGACCGACCGGGAGCCAGCCCGCCAACCAGCUCCCUGGAAACGGCUGCACAUCAGCGCCAGGUGACAGCAGACUGGACCCGCUGAAAACGGACGCAUUCUUAACGGACAAGAUGGUAGUAGCUCAUGUUUCCGGACCUUAAAAUUACUCAUUUCACCCCUCUGGUGUACUAUUACCCCGACCCAAGCAAAAAUGAAACCAAUUCUUAACAGUCUGUGGGCUCAAAAGACUUCAUAUUUCUGAUUUAUUUUUCUCGGCAAAAACAUAAAUCCUCCACAGUCCGGCCAGCCCUCUUCACCGCUCAUUUGCACCGUCCAGUUUAUUAUUGUAAUUACUACCCAUAUCUUUCUCGAGCAUCUGAGGCAUCAUCGUGAAGAUGGCGACUGGGUCGGGUUGGCAGCAGCGCUACUGCCCUGCCGGUCAGGGGAAAUUUAGCACAUCCUCGGCAUCCAGCAUGUCCUUUCAGUCCGGCAUCGCCAUGGAAUAUACCCAAGACCUACACCUGAAGAUGAGCAAGAAGAUAGCACAGCUAACAAAGGUUAUCUAUGCACUGAACACGAAAAAUGAUGAACACGAGGCAGCCAUCGCUACUCUGAAGGAGGCUCAUGAAGAGGAGGUGCAGCAGAUUCUUUCUGAGACCAGGGAGAAGAUACUCCAGUACAAGAGCAAGAUCAGCGAUGAGAUGGACCUGAAGAAGCGGAUCCAGUCUCUGGAGGAGUCAAUGGAACUCCACGAGAGGAUGAAGAGGCAGGCCCUGGCCGAGUUCGAGAGCUACCGUCAGAGGGUGGAAGACAUGCAGCUCUGCACCGAGGCUCAGCACACGCAGCGUGUGGUGUCCAUGUCGAGGGAGGUGGAGGAGAUGCGACGGUCCUUUGAGGAGAAGCUGCGUACAUUCAGCCAGGCACAGGCCCAGUUCGAGCAGGAGAAGAGGGCCGCGCUGGAAGAGCUCAAGGCUGAGCACAGACAGGAAAUCCAGGAGCUUCUUCGCAGCCACCAGAGCCAGAACGCAAACUACAGCAAAGACCAGGAGAAACUGGUACAGCUCCAUAAAGCCGAGGUUGAUUCUCUGACGGAGCGGGUGGAGGAGCUGAAACAGGACAAGAAGAGACUGGUGGAGGAGUACGAGGCCAAACUCAGCAAGGCUCAGGCCUUUUAUGAGCGCGAGCUGGAGGCCAUGAAGAGAACCCAGCAGCUUACCGCCGACAACCUCUUGGCAUGGAAACGCACUGAGGCCGAGCUGCGACGGGAGUUUCAGACUCAGGAGGCGGCGCUGCAGAAAACCCUCGGAAAACUGAGGGCCGAGCUGGCCAGGGUGUCGGAUGAGGCUCGGGAAAACCGGGAGAGGUCCUACAAGCUGCAGUCGUCACUUAACACCGCAGAGAGCACCAUCAAAGACUUAACCAAGCAGCUGGACGAGGUGACCCAGAACUCGGAGAUUGUGGAAAUCCGUCAGAAGGAGGCUGAAUGUGAACUAGAGGCAGCCAGAGACCGAGUUCAGCAGCAGGCAACUGAAAUACUUCUCAAAGCCAGUCAGAUAAGCAGUCUGCAGGCCACCCAGAUGACCCAGGAAGCAGCCAUCAGAGACCUGGACAACGAGCGGAACCGGCUGAAGGACAAGGUGGUGCGGAUGGAGGAAGAGAGGGAGGCCCUUCAGAGCCAGGGCCAAGCACUGGAUGAAAGACAGAAACAGCAGCUCCAGGCCCUGGAGAAGACCCUCCGUGAUGAGAAAGUGUCCCACGAGAAGGACGUGAACAGUCUGCGAGCUCGAUACGAAGAGGAGACCAGCCAAAUGAAGGAGAGCCAAGCUCGAGCUCUGGAGGAAGUCACCAAGAAGAACAGGGUGACCCUGGAGACCGCUCUCAACAACGCCGAGAAGGACAAGAACCGCCUCCUGGCUGAGCUGGAGCAGCAGUUUGAGAGGGAGCGUCAGUCACUGGAGGAGCAGAAGACGCUGCUCAGGCAGCAGCUGGAUGAGCUGAGGGAGGAGCUGACGUCCAAACUCAAUGCAGCCACUGAGGAGGUGUCUCGGCUGCAGCAAGAAGUACAGCAGGGGGAGAAUGAUAUUAAAACAGCUGAGGGGCAGAUCUCCACACUGAAGGAGGCGCAGGACAAGCUGCUGGAGGAGCUGGAUGCUACCCGGGCCCGGCUGAGAGAGACCAGCAACCUGCUGACUGCACUGCAGGGAGAGCUGGAGACCCAAAAACGUCAGCAUGAAGCCAAACUCAUCACCACCAAAGAAGAAGAAAAACAUAAGAUGGACAAGAUGGCUCUGGAGCUGGAGCUCAAAUGGACUGAAACACUCAGGCAGGAGUGUAAGAAGCUACGUGAGGAGCUGAAAGAGGAGCACGAGGAGGACAAAAGCUCAGCCUUGGCUCAGCUGGCGCAAAGCAAGGAGCAGGAACUGAGCAAUGCCAGGGAGAGCUGGCAAAGGAAAGUGGAGGACCUGCUAGAACAGAUAUCCUUGUUGAAGCAAAGUCUGGAGAUGCAGCUGUCCCAGUCGCAGUCGUCGCUGCAGCAGCUACAGCACCAGUUCAGCCAGGAGAGGGAGCACCUGAGGAUGCAGCUGGAGGAGCUGCAGACGGAGCAUCAGAGGCGACAGCAGCGUCUGCAGGAGGCCCACCGCUGCGCCAUGCAGGACAUGGAGCACGCCAGGCAACGUGAUUUGAAGGACCUGGAGGAGCGUCUCCGCCACCAUCACCAUGCAGAGCUGCAGUCUCUCAGAGAGGCUCACCGCCAGAGCAUCGAGACGCUCAAACAGCAGUCAGAACAGGAGCUGCAAACGCUCCGCUUUGAACUGGAAGAUGAGGGCAAAGCCAUGUUAGCCUCUCUGCGAUCGGAGCUGAACCACAUCCACGCGUCAGCCAUCGAACACCUGAGACAAACCCACCAGCACGAGUCAGCCGCCGCCAAGGCCGAGCUGGAGAAGACGAUCGAGAAUAACCGGACACAGGAACGCGAGCUGUUGGGCCGGAUCUCCGAGUUGCAGGAGGAGGUGACGAGGAGGAAGAACCACAUCGCUCAGCUGGACCACCAAAUCCACACGCUCAACGAGAACAUCAGCACCCUGACUAAAGAGCUGGAGCUGAAGGGCAAGGAGGUGCUGAAGAUCCGCAGUGAAGCCAAUCAGCAGAUCCGGGCUCAUGAGCAGGAGCUGACAAAGAGACACGAGCGGGAGCUUGCCGAGCUGAGCGCCGUCCACAGCAGGGAGACGCAGAACAUGCUGUCAGAUUUCAACAAAGCCCAGGAACUGCUCAAAGACAAGAUCUCCGCCCUUCAGAUACUGUUGGAAGGAACAGAGGAGAAGUUCAGAAACAGAGAGAGUCGUCCUGAGGAUCUGCAGCUCAUCGCUGAGCUCAAAGAUAUGGUUUCUGAGAGAGAAACUCUAGUCAAAAAACUGGUGGACGAUAAAAAGUUCUACCAGCUGGAACUCGUCAACAGGGAGACCAACUUCAACAAAGUGUUCAACGCCAGUCCUAAUGUGGGAGUUAUCAACCCGCUCAUUAAGCAAAAGAGAAAGAAUGAGAAAACAGCAGCCAGCAGAUUGAGCAGCUCUCCUAAUGUCAGGGCUCUGGAGGGAGCAGGUAUGGGCAUGGGCUUGGUGGGUACAGGGAGCGGCCAGCCCCCACAACCACCACCCCCGCCCCCAACCCCGCCCAGUCGCCUAGAGCCUAUCCCCAACUCCCCCCUCCAUCACCUUGAGCUCAACUCCAACAAACCUCUUGCCCCGCUGACCCCUCCCACCGAACCCAAGAAAUUCAUGAGCCCUCCUGAAACAAAGGACUCUGCCAUCGACUCCCCGGACGCUCAGCGCCAGGAGUGGUUUGCCCAAUACUUUUCCUUUUGAUCGACCACAGACCUGCAAACACAACGAUUCAGCAUGUCAACCGAACUUUAAAAAAAAAAAGAAAAAGAAAAAACUGAUGAAAAAAAAUCAAACAAAAAACUGGAAAAAAAUCUUCAAACUAUUUGUUAUUUAUCGUCAUUGAUCGGUUCGGGGAUCAAUCCACUUUGGAAUCAGUCGACCGAAACUGUAAAUCCUGGUUUGAGAAUCGCUUCUCCUCGACGUCUCGAUCAAACGCACAGAACCUGAUGUCACUGAUUUCCACUUCUGGGAGAAACGCCACGAUUUUCCACUUCCUGCCGUUGACCGAGACCAAAGUGAAUUGAACCCGACCGCGACAUCAAAUGUCAUCGCUCCGAUCUGAUUUGAUUGUUUGAUUCUCUCUGAUUGUUUCACUGUGGAUGAGUUUCUCUCGUAGUACAGUGACAAUGAUCAUCCGUAUGUUUGAUGUUUAUUUCAUUCCUUUACUCUUCGACUUAUUUUGCAGUUUCUUGGAACUAGAAUAAAAUAUGAGUGGUGCAUUUUCAUGCUGCUAAUUGCCAUUGUUGGACUACAGUAAGAACUAUAUAUAAAGAAUUAUACGGUAGGUAAUUGUGCUCUCUUUGUACGUGGGCCCCACUGCAUACAGCAUCUUAGACUAGGAGGGCUGAUCUAAGACCAGUUCGCCUCCUCAUUUAUGGUGACAUUAACUUCGGACCUGAUCCUAGAUCAGUUACACUUCUCUGGCGUGCUCCGUGAAUACAGGCUCUGAUUUUAGGACGGCACCAUCAUGGCGAGUUUGUUACAGCUGCAUAGAAGUUUCAGCCGAUUUUGGUAGAAUAUUAAAACCUGUUUGUAUGGUCGUCUGUCUCAACACAGAUAUAAUGAUGUCUCACCAAUUUUAAAAUCAAAAAUAGCAUAUUUUAUAUUUAUAUUAUAAUGUGUAUG